GAUAAUACUCGCCGUCUCUAAUCCAGCGCUCGACCGAAGCGCCACAGCGGCGUGGGUAUGGCGAGCACCAACAGCGGUGAGCCGAGCUCUGCGCCGCAAGCGAACCGGUGGUACGAGCUCCGACUAGGGUCCUCCUGCAGCCACCCCUCCCCUACCGCCAAGUACUGCACGCUCCGCUAUGAAUUUAAGCCAGCAUCCAUUGAUAAGACUCAAGCUGGCUCUCUGCAGAAAAACAAAGAUAAUCGGGUAACUGUAGAAUUUCAUAACAAUCUGCCUGGCAAACCAAAAGUAACAUUUGAAGGAAACCAAGAAGAGUAUAAGGAUAAUGAUGGUGUCUUGUUUUUCGACGGUGAGACCUUUCGCUUGGAGCGAUUGCAUCGAGCUGUCAAGAGAUUAAGACAUGUCCGUGUUCCGGGAGAGUCUGCAACAACUUCCAUGGCAGCUACAACUAAUGGAAUGGGUGAAUCUCAUUCUCCUCCAUCAGCGAAAGCUGUCAAGUUGCCUGCGAUGAACAAGCCUUCUAUGCACUCAGUUCCGGUUGAGGUUGAGCGCAUUGAGAUUGGUGAACCUGAAAAUCCAGAACCAAGAAGCAACAACAGGAGCUCUACAUAUCAACCAGUCACUGCAGACCCAUUUUCCUUUUCACCUGAUCCAAAUGACCAAGAUGAAAACCUAGAUAUACUUGGUGAUGAUGACAAUGGCUCACCCAAUAAUAUGGCCACAGCACAAGGGACAUCUUAUCGCGGUUUUGACAUCAACUUACCAAAUCAGCUCGACAUGGAUGAUGAGGUUGCUGAUGUAGAUGUAAAUGAUGAAGCUGACGAGGGACUUAACGCAGCUGAGGCCCUGCGGGCUCAAGUCAAUGCAGAAGGCCAGCAGGUGGAGCACGCCUCCUCUAGCUCUAGCGGGAGCGGGAGCAGCAGCAGCAGCAGUGGGAGUGGGAGCGGAAGUGGGAGCAGCAGUAGUGAUAGUGACGGCAGCGAUGGCGAUUCAGCCAGCUCGGGAGGGGAUGUUGAUAUAUGAGUUUCAGGCUGCCGAACUUACUUGCUGUGUAUGGUUCGCAGUUUUUACAGCAUUACAAAAUGAGCUGCUAGUUGAUGCUUCACUAAGAUGAUACUACUAGUGACGAUAACUAAAUCUGAAUUGUACUACAACUGUUGUGAACAACUAUGUUAUAAUUUAUCUGUAACCUCAA